AUGAAAAGGCUACUAUUGAUAAGUUUAAUUGCAUUGACUGUUCUAGCAGGUUAAUAUGAAAACUAAUACCAACCUGUGAUUGGAGUUUUGACUCAACCUUCUAAUGAUUUGAAUUAAACUUUAUAUCCAGCUGACAAGUAUUCAUACAUUUCUAGUUCUUAUGUCAAAUGGUUGAUGGCUAGUGGUGCUAGAGUUGUUCCUAUUCCUUAUGAUAGUACUGAAGAAGAAUAAGAUUAUUAUUUAGCUAAAGUUAAUGGUUUACUUUUCCCAGGUGGAGAUGCAUCCUUAUGGGUUGAUGAAGAAACUCAUACUGGAUUAUCUUAAAUGACUUUGACAGGAUAAAGAUUAAUGAACAAAGUUAUAGAAUUAAAUAGAAAUGGAACUUACUUCCCAUUACUAGGUACUUGCUUGGGUUACGAACUUAUUUCAAUUGCUCUUACUAAUGAUGACAAAGUCUUAGACCUACUUAAUUCUACUAACCAUGUCCUUAACACUCAAACUUAUCAUAAAUAAUAAAGUUUGAUGUAUUCUUCUUUAAACAGCAAGUAAUUAGAAGCUAUUAGUAAUUAAAAGGCACUUUACUAUAACCACAGAUAUGGAAUAACAUUAGAUCACUUUAGAAAUUAAACUGUAUUAAACUCAUUCUUCAGAUUAACAGCUUUUGCUUUUGAUAACAAUGAUACAGCCUUCGUAUCUUCAUUAGAGGGUAAGGAUAUUCCCAUUUUUGGUAAUUAAUUCCAUCCAGAAAAGAACUCUUAUGAAUGGCUUAGCUCAGUCCAUGCUAAUCACUCUCCAGAAGCUAUUAAUGUAGCUUAAGCAAUGGGAAAUUUUAUUGUUAAUUAAGCUAGAAAAAAUUAAAAUUACUUUUCAUAAGAUGAGCUUGAGCAAUACAACAUCGAAGCUUUCCCAUUAAAAACAGUUUAUGAAUCAUUUGUUUCUGUUUAUGUUUUUAAAAACAAAAAUUUCACAGAGACAAUCUCAGCUCCUAGUAAUUUAAAGAAUAACUUAUGA